AUGGCAUCAGGCCGCCUCCUCUCCCACUCACCCUGGCUCACCAACGCCGCCGCCCUCAUCGCCCUCCCGAUGCUCGCCCUCGGAGCCGUCGGGACCAUGAGCCCCCUCACAGCGCUCAAAAUGUGGGACUCCAAAGGCGUCCCUAACAUGACAACAAGCGAAGUCCAACUCGGCAAGAACCUGAUCCUCUACCUCGCCUCUCGGGACGUCCUCCUGGGCCUAUCGAUCCUCGCGGCGUGGAACAACCGCGAACGCAAGACGUUGGGCCAUUUGAUGUUGCUCGGGUGUGUGGUGGUGGUUUAUGAUUUUGUGAUUCAGGAGAGGCAGACGUCUGGGGAGGGACGGUUUAAGCAUUUGCCGCUGCUGCCGAUUUGUUUUGGGGUUGGGGGUGGGAUUUUGGGGUGGUUUGAUAGGUUGUAA